GACACGGCCAGAGCACUGAGAAAUAUCGGGUAUUGAUGUAACUGGAGUGAAUAAGGGAACCUUCUUCCUGAUCAGACAUUGGAGCCUGUUAUCAACAUGAACUCAUAUGUGUUAGACAAACACUUGAAUAGUUCCUAUCCAUCCUUCACUACAGGAAGCAUCAGAAUGAUACCGCAAACUCCAAAAGUCUUAGACACUAAUGACUAUUCACAAACAUUGGGGAUAUCACAGCAAAUAUUUAAAGAAGAUGGUGAAUUGGCAGGAACUGGGCAGCAAUCAUUAUGUACAGAGAGUAAUUUAGUCAUCAAACAAGAGGACAACAUUUAUGCCUUAUCUAGUGAAAUUAUUAUCCCAGAGGAUAAACCACACACAUUUACUGAGAUUGUAAAACAUAUUAAAGAAGGGAAAAGUCUACAGUCUGGCCAAAUGAUUCAUACAAAGAAACAACCUUUCAAAUCUACAGAAUGUGAGAAAAGCUUUAGAUGGAAGUCUCAUCUACUAGAGCACAACAAAUUUCACACAGGUGAGAAGCCACACUCAUGUACUGAGUACGGCAAAUGUUUUACACAAAUUGAUCAUCUGAAAACUCAUAUAAAGAUUCACACAGGAGAAAAGCCUUUCACAUGUACAGAGUGUGGAAAAAGUUUUAUAGAAAAGAGUCAUCUGAAAACUCAUAAAAAGAUUCAUGCAGAGGAGAAGCCAUUCACAUGUACCUACUGUGGAAAAGGAUUUACAAUAAAGUGUAAUCUGAAAACUCAUGAAAAGAUUCACACAGGAAAAAAACCUUUCACAUGUACAGAGUGUGGAAAAAGUUUUACACAAAUGCAUUGUCUGAAAACGCAUGAAAUGAUUCACACAGGGGAAAAGCCACACUCAUGUACUGAGUGCGGCAAAUGUUUUACACAAAUUGAUCAUCUGAAAACUCAUAUAAAGAUUCACACAGGAGAAAAGCCUUUCACAUGUACAGAGUGUGGAAAAAGUUUUAUAGAAAAGAGUAAUCUGAAAACUCAUAAAAAGAUUCAUGCAGGGGAGAAGCCGUUCACAUGUACAUACUGUGGAAAAGGAUUUACAAUAAAGUGUAAUCUGAAAACUCAUGAAAAGAUUCACACAGGAAAAAAACAUUUCACAUGUACAGAGUGUGGAAAAAGUUUUACACAAAUGCAUUGUCUGAAAACUCAUGAAAUGAUUCACACAGGGGAAAAGCCUUACACAUGUACAGAGUGUGGAAAAAGUUUUACAAAAAAGAGUAACCUGAAAAAUCAUAAAAAGAUUCACACAGGAGAAAAACCUUUCACUUGUACAGAGUGUGGAAAAAGUUUUACACGAAUUAAUUGUCUGAAAAAUCAUGAAAUGAUUCACACAGGAGAAAAAUCUUUCACAUGUACAGAGUGUGGAAAAAGUUUUACACUAAAGAGUAAUCUGAAAACUCAUGAAUGGAUUCACACAGGGGAAAAGCCAUUCACAUGUACAGAGUGUGGAAAAAGAUUUACACAAAAGAGUGUUCUGAAAGGGCAUGAAAGGAUUCACACAGGAGAAAAGCCUUUCACGUGUACAGAGUGUGGAAAAAGUUUUAUACAAAUGAGUAAUCUGAAAAAUCAUGAAAGGAUUCACAUUGGAGAAAAGCCGUUUACAUGUACAGAGUGUGGAAAAAGAUUUACACAUAUAAAUUGUCUGAAAACUCAUGAAAUGAUUCACACAGAAGAAAAGCCUUUCACAUGUACAGAGUGUGGAAAAAGUUUUAAACAAAUGAGUAGUCUGAAAACUCAUGAAAAGAUUCACACAGGAGAAAAGCCUUUCACAUGUACAGAGUGUGGAAAAAGUUUUAUACAAAUGAGUAGUCUGAAAAUUCAUGAAAGGAUUCACACAGGAGAAAAGCCUUUCACAUGUACAGAGUGUGGAAAAAGCUUUACACAAAUGAGUCAUCUAAAAUAUCAUGAAAGGAUUCACACAGGGGAAACGCUUUUCACAUGUACAGAGUGUGGAAAAAGCUUUACACAAAUGAGUAGUCUGAAAACUCAUGAAAGGAUUCACAAGGGAAGAAACCUUUAACAUGUUUAGAUAAUAGGAUUGCUACCUUUAGCACAGCCGAUUCCCGACACUUUGCAAAUGGGCAUGGUUGAGGAUGUGGUUAUGGGUGUGGCUUCACACAAACUUAGAGACAUUCCAGCCAAAAUUGUAAUCCAUGUGUAUGCAUUUCAGUUUUGAGUAGAAGCAUUUUUGUAAUAUACAUGUAUUAGAAAAAAUGCUUCUAAUAAGUUAUAGUUGUUUCAAAAGUGUAUUUAAGUAUGCCCCGUGCACCAGAAUUUUAAACACAGCACUUGCACAGAGAGCCUAUGGUGCUUUUACCAAUGACUCAAUUUGUUCAUUGCUGACAUGAUACAAGACCCACUGGCGCUAUGAGCAGCUGCAGUGUUUAAAAUGCUGGUGCACUGAGAGUAUCUAGCUAUGGUACACAUGCACGUGCAGAGACAAAUAUUAUCACUAAAAUAGUUAUAACUUUAACUAGAAGCAUUUUUGCCAAUACGUGUUUAUUGCAAAUAUGUUUCUAUCCAAAGAUGUAAUUCAUCUGUGUAUUUAAAGGGGCACAAAACCCACAUUUUUUCUUUCAUGAUUUAGAUAGAGCAUGCAAUUUUAAGCAACUUUCUAAUUUACUUCUAUUAUCUAAUUUGCUUCAAUCCUAUUGAUAUUCUUUGCAGAAAAGCAUAUCUAGAUAGGCUCAGUAGCUGCUGAUUGUGUGCUGCA